AAUGGUUUUCUAAAACAACUUCAACAGGAAAGUAAAAUAAAAGUUUUAAAUUAAAAUUUCUGAAUUAUCAAUUGCUUUUACAAAAAUUGUUUAUUUUUAAAAAUAGUGCAUCUAAUUGUUUGUUUAGUGAAUUUUAUAAAAUGAUUGCGGAUUGAAAUAAACUGAUUAUUACUAUUUGGAAAACAUUUUUACAGAGUUAUUAAAUUUACUUCAAAUUUAUCUUUUUGAAAUGGAAACUGAAGAAUCCAAAGGAAUUUGUGCAGUUUGCGAGAAACCGGCUUCAUUGCGUUGUAGCGAUUGUAAAGUUGAAUUCUAUUGCACCAAAGAUCAUCAGCGUAAUGAUUGGAAACGACACAAGUCCGCGUGUCGAGCAUGGGAAAUAAAAGAAGAUAAAAAAUUGGGAAGAUAUCUUGUGGCCACUCGAGAUUUACAUCCAGAGGAAUUAAUUAUUUCCGAAUUGCCACUAGUUUUUGGACCAGCACCUCACAGUGAGGACAGAGUGUGUGUUGGUUGUGGCAGUAGACAAAUUCCCGCCAGAUGCAUUGGAUGCUCUUGGCCUGUUUGCAGAAUUGACUGCGAUGGCCUUAUGGAUGUGGAAAGACACGGCCUCGAGUGUCAAUUGCUUGCUAAGGCCAGAAUUUUACCCAGAUGCAGUAUUAUUUUGGCUCUUCGACUUUUGAUUUUGCGUCGAAGAAAUCCAAAGAAAUGGAAAACAGUUAUGAAACUCCAGAGCCAUGAAGAAUCCCGAGGAUUAGGAACGGAGGCCUAUGAAGAGACUAAAAGCCUCGCUCAAUAUUUGGCUCCAUUUUUAUCGGCUGAUCCAAGUGCCGUUGAGGUACUGCCAAAAAUCUCUGGCUUGAUCGAUGUAAAUGCUUUGGAGACGAAUCCUCCUGAGGGAUCGGUGGGAAUUUACGAAAACACUUGUCUCUUGGAACAUCAGUGUAUUGCCAAUACCAGAUUUAAAUUCUCCAUUGACGAAAUGGGUAGACCUCGAAUAUUCGUUAAGGCCGUUACAUUUAUUAAAAAGGGAGAACAUUUGAGUACAACUUAUACUCAUGUUUUUUGGUCGACGAGGGUUCGAAGAGAUCAUCUUUUGGCAACGAAAUAUUUUCUCUGUUCUUGUGAACGUUGCGCAGAUCCAUCAGAAUUGGGAAGUCAUCUUGGCACUUUAAAAUGUCCCUGUAAUGAAGGAUUGAUACUCCCAAAGGAUCCUCUCGACGAAGAGACUGAAUGGUCAUGUAACUCCUGUCCUGGAACACUAACUUCCACAGAAGUUACUCAAUUAGUCGAGAGAUUAGGUGAAGAAGUCGAAGGUGCAAUGGGAGUAGCCAAACGAGAAGUUCUCACCGAUCUUCUCUCACGACUCAUGGUUCUUUUGCAUCCUUGUCAUCAGCAUUGUAUAUCAGUGGGUCAUUCCUUAAUUCAAUUGAUGCCUUCCGAUGAUCCUCAGAAAGCAGAGAUUUGCAAGAGAAUAAUUUCAACGACUUCCAUUGUUGAUCCCUAUGGCACUCGACUAACACUUUACACAGCAAUUGCUCUUCGAGAGCUUGCUUCAUGUCCCGGGGAACAAAGACAAUCUCUUUUGACCAAAGCCGCUUCCUUACUGGAAUCUGAACCCCCGAGAAGUCCAGGAGAAAAACUCUUAAGACUGAUUCAAUCCGAAUUAGAAUAAUGAAAAAUAAUUAAAAAGAAAUUAAUGCAAUUUAUUUAUGAAAAUAAAGUUUCUACACGAUAAUUUUUUUUUUUUACUUUUACGAGUUAAUAUUUCACAAAAUGCAGUUUCGAAAUCGAAUUUAAGCCUCAGACCAGAAAGAAGCUAAAAUUUAAAAAGAAUUGAAGAAUUAAGAAUUUUUACUUAUGAGAAGGUCAAACUUUAUCAAUUCCAAUCAAUAUUGAAAAGAAUUGAAUUAUUUUCAAUUCUUCUAAAUGAAUAAAAAAGAAUUGAACAGAAAUGGAAUUCAAAAGAUAUAAAUUUUCCACUUUUCUUAAUUUCAAUAACUCAAUUAAUUUUUAACGAAUCGUGUUCAAAAAAAUCUCAUUCGACGCAUAAUUAAAUGUUCUUCAAAAGCAUAAAUAAAAAAAAAUUAUUCUAAAUGAAAUUGUGACCGAAAAUUAGUGUUUAAUAUUUUUCCAAUUUUUCUGACCUUAUUUUUAAUUAUAACAAAAAAACACUUACAAGGGUUAAAAAGUUCUUUUCUUCAGCUUUAAAAUGAAAAAAAAACCAUUGAAUUUGGACCAAAAAUGUCAAAGUUACAAGCUAUUUUAUACAAAAACCACAACAAAAAAAACGAUUUUUUUUUGCUCUCAAAUUAAAUUUUGGGGGUGUUUGAGUGAUUUAAUAUACACCAUUUUUUCAGUUUUUAAGGACAAUCGGGUAAAUCCGAUUGAAAGUAAUUUUUUUCUAUCACACAGUGUAAUUAAUUAAUUGUACUAUUAAUAAUAAGAAAACGUUAAAAAAGCAAUAUAUAAAAACAU